AUGAACAAGGGCAAGAAGAGGUGCGCCGCGUCCGAAGACCCUGAAGACAUCGAGGCUGUGAAGAGGUCUCGCUCCACCUUGAAGGAGGAACUCCACCCGGAUGCGAUAACCAUCGGCGAUCUGUUGUCCGGCUCCUUCUCUUUCCAAGACCUCAAGAUCAUCGCCCGUCACUUUGGCAUUACCCCCAUCCCCCGCAGCGGCGAUGGUCUCAAAUGGGCAAUCAUCCAGCACCUGUACCCCAUGGAAAAGCAACGGUCUAUGUCACCUCAGUCCACCUGCGAUUCCAUUUCCGAAUGCGAAGACACUCGUCCCCGCUCAGACUGCGACGAGCCUCGUCACCGUGGCGAGAGCGUCAAUGGAGGGCGUCCCGUUGAGGUCAUCCUCGAUCAAGUGGCGAGCAACCUCGAGGACCUCUCAAGGCUUUCGGUCAUCAACUUCUCGCGACAUGAAGAUCGUGUCAGCAACCUCUACGCGCGUAUGGCGCUCAUGGAGAAGCUCGGCGGCGACCUCAGUGUCAAGGUUGAGCAGACCGCUCGCGCAACCGAGGCCAACCGCAGCAACCUUGAGCAGCUCAAUCACUCCCAUGAGGCCCUCGGAAGCACGGUCGAGGUGAUGGAUGAGACGCAUACUGAUUUCCAAAUUCUACACAUCAAGCGAUUGAGAGCAACCGAGCAAGUAGCCACUGAAUGGGCCCAAGCUCGCCAGCAACUCGACAACUGGCACGGGCAAGUCACAACGGCCUUCCAAGCCGUCAACGUCCAGUUCGAGACCAUCGCCACUACCCUCGAAAACAUAUCCAAAUCUGUUUCCACCAUCAACAAGGGUGGAGACACGGACAGCAUGCGAACCACCGCCGCCUUCCUUAUCGAUCACGAUGUCUGCGGACUCAUCUUGCACGGACAUGUCCUCGACCAGCUAACGCAAGCAACUAGCGUCUUCAUCCAAAUUUCGGACCGCCCGGAGGACCUUGCACGUGUCAUGCAAUCGUGCAACGACCAACUCCGUCAAUCCAUCCGUGGAUUCCCGCACAACGUCGCCCGAGUACGCCGGCUCUCCAUCUGCGGGUUGCCGCACAACAUUGGACUCGCUUUCAACGCCUUGCGCGAUUGGAUCGCCAAGGUCCGCAAUGGCGAGCGUAUCAUCGCGCUGUAA